AGAAAAUCGCGGAAUCGAGACCUUUCUAUAAACCCAAUUUUAAAAUGCCCUCUGAAAUCCGGAGCUCUGACACACUAACGCAAAAACCUCGCCUCUCCCUUUCUCUCUAGAACUCCGUGCUCUCACUACGGCUAGUAUUUAGAGAGAGAGACCUGCUGUUGCUCAGAGAACGUUACAUUCUGGGUUUUAGAGAGAGAAAGGAUCAGUGCGAAGUAAGAAACCAGAGAAAAGGAGUUAGAGAGAGAAAGAGAGAGAAGCAGAUGGGGAGGAAGCCAUGGAUGCUGAUCUUCUCUGUUUGUGUUCUGUCUCUGGUCUUUCUGGAUCUCAGUUCAGCAAGCACGAUAGGGAUAUGCUAUGGAAGAAACGCGGAUAAUCUCCCGAGCCCAGACAGAGUAUCUGAGCUGAUUCAACAACUUAGCAUCAAAUAUGUCCGAAUCUACGAUGCAAACAUUGAUGUUCUCAAAGCUUUCUCGAACACAGGCGUCGAACUGAUGAUCGGUGUCCCGAAUUCUGAUCUUCUGGCAUUUUCCCAGUUCCAAUCCAAUGUCGAUUCAUGGCUGAAGAACAAUAUCCUUCCGUAUUACCCGGCCACGAAGAUCAAUUACAUAUCUGUCGGUCUUGAAGUCACUGAGGCACCGGACAAUGCUACAGGUCUGGUCGUGCCUGCAAUGAGAAACAUUCAUACAGCUCUGAGGAAAGCCGGUUUGGACAAGAAGAUCAAAGUCUCCAGCUCGCAUUCCCUCGCUGUCCUGUCCCGUUCGUUCCCUCCUUCUUCGGGGGCAUUCGGUCGAAAGCACGAGGCUUUCUUGAAGCCGAUGCUCGAGUUCUUGGCCGAGAAUGAUUCCCCCUUCAUGAUCGACUUGUAUCCGUAUUACGCGUUCAGAGAUUCUGGGGGAAAAGUCCCGUUGGAAUACGCUCUCUUCCAGUCAUCUUCGCAAGUUGUUGAUCCUUCCACCGGUUUGCUGUACACAAACAUGUUCGAUGCUCAGCUCGACGCCAUCUAUUUCGCCUUAACGGCGAUGAACUUCCGUACCAUCAAGGUUAUGGUUACAGAGUCGGGCUGGCCGACAAAGGGUUCGCCCAGGGAGACAGCUGCUACACCCGAGAAUGCCGUGACUUACAACACUAACCUUAUUCGCCAUGUCAUCGGCGACUCGGGGACUCCUGCAAAGCCCGGGGAAGAGAUAGAUGUGUAUGUAUUCUCGCUGUUCAACGAGAAUCGUAAACCCGGGAUAGAGUCCGAGAGGAACUGGGGAUUGUAUUACCCGAAUGGUAGCAGCAUUUACAAGCUGGACUUCACGGGGAAAGAUACAACCGCCAUCGUUCCUCCUACGAAUUCUUCGAGCUCGGGUCCUACAAACCCUACUCCUCCCGGUGGUGGUAUCGGCACUAACAUAACCACCAUUGGGUCGGCGAAAAGAUGGUGCAUUGCUUCGUCUCAGGCUUCGGAAACAGAUCUGCAGAGCGGAUUGGACUGGGCGUGUGGCCCCGGGAAUGUGGACUGUUCGGCCAUUCAGGAGAGCCAGCCUUGUUUCGAGCCGGAUACCGUCCUUUCGCAUGCUUCUUACGCUUUCAAUACCUACUUCCAGCAGAACGGGGCUACUGAUAUCGCUUGUAACUUCAGCGGGAUCGGUGUUCUUAUCGACAGGGACCCUAGCUAUGAUAACUGCUUGUACAUGAUUGCUCCUGCCAUUACAGGAUUGAACAAAACCCUGUCGGGGAAUAUAACGGCCAUUGAUUCGCCCAUGGCUGCUCCGACAUCAAGCAGUGAAGCAUUCAGACAACGGGUUUCCAUCGCUAUCUCCGUUUUCCUGUCCUGCAUCGUGACCAUAUCAUUUCGGCUUUCGAACUCGGUUGCUCUGUUGUGACCUUGUGAGUCUGCUUUGAGAUGAGAGCUCUUCCUUCUUCCUGUUGUCCUGAAAUUGCUCCUCGCGUAUUGUCAUCAAACCAUCAGUAUGUAUAUUGUGAUUGGCAUUGCCUUUUUGAAACAUUUUAGCAUGUCAGCUAAUCCGGUUUAUGUUUGCUGAGUUUGGUUAUCAAACCAAACCGAGGUUUUAACCAGGUUAUUUUACCCGUA